CAGCUCCUCCAGACCCAAACUGCUCAGCAACUUCUCCCUCCUUUGCUGAGGAGCACAGGGGAAGAGAAGAAUCACCUCAGCCUCUCCUCUUCUAUAGUUCCAUCACUGUGCUCCAAUAACACCAAGAAAAACAGAGCAAACAAGAGAAACAGGCCCAGUAUCUGCAGCACCUCUACCUUUUUUUUUGAACAGGAAAUACAUUUUUUUCACUGUUAAAGCGAGUUGUUGGAUGUUAAUUUUGCAUCACAAACUUUAUAUUCAACAUCCUCAUCUUUAUCAUUUCAUCAUCAUCAUCAUUACUGACUUCAUAUAAAAACAUCUCUAAAGUGAUCGCACCAUGUACCUAGAGAACAAAAGUAACUUGGAGAUUGAGAUGUCCCAGACGUCAGCUCCGGGUCAUCAGGGUCGGAGCAGCCUCAGGACACCUGAGUCUGUCGCAGGGAACUUCGGCGAACUGCGUCUCCUGCAGGGCAUCUCAGAGAGGAGGGAUACUCAGAAGCUGCAGCAGUCUGCAGUCCUGCCCUCAGGACAGUGUGUCAUCCAAACCGAGGGCUUUGUCCCUGUUCGACAGGAGGAUGGGCACAACUUCAGUGUGGUUAAUAUUCUCAGAGGAAAAACAAAUUCAGCCAACAUAACAGAGAGGUCGCCUCUACUGAGAUUCUCUCAAGAUGACAGUAUAACCUACUUGACUCUACAUGACCCCAGCUUUGUGGGCGGGGACGAGCCCUGGGACAGCAGCUCCCUGGACCUGGAGAAGAGGUAUCGUCUGGGCAGUGAGGUCACCAACCUGUCUCUGUCACGUUCCAGCUCCUCGGACAAGAAUGACACCCUAGACCACCUCAACCUCAACUUCAAACUCACCAGUAGUAUGAGAUGCUGCUUCAAAGUCUCCAAAAUUGCCAGCAUAUUUACAAUUGUAGUACUCUGCAGUCUGUUUUUCAGCAUGUAUCCAGACCGAGACAACCCCUGGAGGAUGCUGGCGGUGUCAUCAACAGAGAGUUUUUCAAUGAACUUGACAGAUUUUCGUGACAAUGCCUUGCUGAAGCUACAGGUGGGGGGGCCAUUCACAGGGGGGAUGUUCGACCUCACAAAUCAAGAGUACAUCCUGAUCCAGGUGGAGCAGACCGAACAGCCGGGCCAGCGCAGGAGACGGACUCAACAAGUGAUUCAUAACUGGACCAUUCCUCUACACGGAGAACGGAGCGACCAGAUCCUGCUGACAAAAACCUUUGAGAUGCUCAGCAGUGACCCCAUCAUCAUCACCAUCCAGGCCUUCCUGCAGGAUAAUGAGGUGGUGCCUUUAUCCAUGACCCACCAGUCUCUCUACGUCAGUGUGGAGACACAGGUGGCCAUCGCCGGCAUCAUCCUGGCCGGAGUCUAUGUUCUCAUCAUCUUUGAGAUUGUGCAUCGGACUCUUGCUGCCAUGUUGGGCUCUUUGGCAGCCUUAGCUGCACUCGCUAUCAUUGGUGACCGGCCCAGUUUGGUUACUGUAGUGGAGUGGAUCGAUUAUGAGACACUGGCUCUUCUGUUUGGCAUGAUGGUGUUGGUCGCUAUUUUUUCCGAAACUGGCUUCUUUGAUUAUUGCGCUGUUAAGGCUUACCACUUAUCCAGAGGAAGAGUGUGGCCCAUGAUCAUCAUCCUGUGUCUCAUUGCUGCCAUACUCUCUGCCUUUCUGGACAAUGUGACCACAAUGAUGCUUUUCACUCCAGUCACUAUAAGGUUGUGUGAGGUGCUUAAUCUAGACCCCAGACAUGUCCUGAUUGCAGAAGUAAUCUUCACCAACAUUGGAGGGGCUGCCACAGCUGUCGGAGAUCCACCAAAUGUUAUCAUCGUGUCAAAUCAGGACCUACGCAGAGAAGGGAUUGAUUUUGCCAGUUUCACAGGCUACAUGUUCCUUGGAAUAUGCCUCGUACUUUUGACCUCAUUUCCUUUCUUGCGGAUGCUCUACUGGAACAAAAAACUCUAUAACAAAGAGUCCAUUGAAAUAGUUGAACUCAAGCAUGAGAUCCUGGUGUGGAGGCAGACGGCUCAGCGCAUUAACCCCGCCAGCCGAGAGGAGACAGCUGUGAAAUGCCUCCUGAUGCAAAAAGUCCUCAACCUGGAAAGUCUGCUCCGCAAGAUGAUGAAAACCUUCCAAAGACAAAUAUCUCAAGAGGAUAAGAACUGGGAGCAAAACAUUCAAGAAUUGCAAAAGAAGCAUAAAAUAACUGACAAGGUUCUCCUGGUGAAGUGCAUAUCUGUCCUUUCUGUGGUGAUCUUCAUGUUCUUCCUGAACUCCUUCGUUCCUAGCAUUCAUCUUGAUCUGGGUUGGAUUGCUAUCCUGGGUGCACUGUGGCUCCUGGUUCUGGCUGACAUCCAGGACUUCGAGAUCAUCUUGCAUCGGGUGGAGUGGGCCACAUUACUGUUCUUUGCCGGCCUUUUUGUUUUAAUGGAGGCUUUAGCCCAACUACAGCUAAUCGACUAUAUUGGAGAACAGACUGCCCUGCUUAUAAAAGCUGUGCCAGAAGACCAGCGUUUAGCCAUAGCCAUUAUCUUGGUGAUGUGGGUUUCUGCUCUGGCUUCAUCUCUUAUUGACAACAUCCCCUUCACUGCCACCAUGAUCCCAGUUCUCAUCAACCUGAGUCAGGAUGCAGAUGUAAAUCUACCGGUGAAACCUCUCAUCUUUGCCCUGGCGAUGGGAGCGUGUCUGGGGGGAAAUGGCACAUUGAUAGGAGCUUCAGCCAACGUUGUAUGUGCAGGAAUCGCUGAGCAACACGGUUACGGCUUCUCCUUUGUGGAGUUCUUCAGGCUAGGAUUCCCCAUGAUGAUCAUGACCUGUAUGAUAGGCAUGUGUUACCUGCUGGCCACCCACAUUGGACUCGGAUGGAACAUGUAACCCACAGCUACUGUGCAGCGCCAAAGAGACUGUGUGUAUGUGUGAGUGCAUCCGACCGCUCCUUCACCGUCUGCUAAGAAGUAACCUGACUGACACGUCAGAUUACAGGCACAAUGGAAAGCACAGCAGUCACAUUAUUUCAAACUAAAGUGCGUUUGACUAAAGUGCAGACCAGCAGGGAACUAAAUUACAGGGCUGCAACUGGAAUACCUGACAAUAAGAGUGUGAUGGUUGUGUGCCUGUUCUUGGUCCCUUGUCGCACUGUUGAGUUUUACCAGUUCUUUCAAAACUUGAACAUUUUGUCCUCAACAAAUCCAAGGGAAGGAAAUGUGUCUUUAUUGAAUAAAACAAAAAGUGCCCUCUUCUUUGUCCUGUACAUGGUGCUACUGCUUCAAUGUGUAUAUGCAGCAAAAAUGAUCACAAGUGUAACCUAAUGUCCGACUUUUCAUCAUUGUGUACAUCCAUGUGGUCCAUUUACAACAGCAGUAAAACCUCUAGGCAUGUCUGACACUGAUUUGUAAUUAGAGACAUUUAGGCUGUUGAUGUAUUUGUUUUAGACAAAUUAGCCUCCCACAGGUUACCUAACUUCUGUUAAAAUGUUAAAGGAACCAUUAAAACCCAGUGAAAGGGAUUUUAUAAUGUCAUAUAAUUUUUGUCAGAUGCCCUGUAGCUGAAUCUAAAAUAACAAACACACUUGUUUGGUUUGCUUCUGUGCUCACAUGAAAUUCAUGUUGGAGUUUGUUUUGUUCUGGGCUCAUUUGGCUCAUUUGUUAGCUAACUGUAUUUCUAAGCUCAUUUUGGUUAGUGCUGCACACUACUGCCACUGACGAGGAACAAAACACUUACACUAUUGUAAUAUAGUAUUGUUACUUUGCAAGUCUUAUUAGCAUUAGCUGCCCUAAUUAGCAGAGUGUCUUACCAACCAUAUAAUAUAGUACUGAGUCUAUGAAUAUAGCUCAGCUAGUGAAUGUAGCUAAGUUAUGCUUAGGGUAUUGUAAUGAUUUCAUGACAGACUCCUCAAAUAGUCUUUGUCUACAUUUUUAAACACAGCUGCAGUAAAUCUGUCUGUCAUGGAAAAAUAUAUUUUAUUCAAUUAACAGAAGGUUUAAAAUAUCAACAUGUUAGGCUAGCUGUCGAUCAAAGCCCACAACAUAUCUGUCACUCAACGCAGCCACGCCCAUAAUUAUGCACAGCCAUUGCCCUGAUAGAGAGCCUAAGUCCCGCCCCUUCCAAUGAUCCCCAUAGGACCUAAAUGUAGAAUAAAACAUGAAUGAUGUCAAUAGCAAGAAACAGUGGUGAGACUUCACCUCCAUACAUAAUUCAAUCUCAAACAGUU